AUGGCGGCUGAAGACCGAAACCAUCUCAAUAUGGUUCCCCAUGGGAGAAAGCAUCCUGUGAAAUCUGUGAAACCACCAAUGGAGGAUCCAGCCUUCGCAAUCUGUGCCUUACAUGAAGAAGAUGGAAACUUGAAUGUUCUCACUAAAGGCAAUCCAGAAAAUAGUUCAGAUUUAGAUAAGCUUUGCAAGAAAGCACCUGAUUCAGUGGAAGGUGAAGAUACAAUAUCUAAGGAACAUCAAAAGCAACAGCCUUCUACAGGAAUAUUUGAAGAUAUAAGGAAGAAGUAUAAAGAGGAGAAUACUCAGAAGUUUAAAGAUAUCUGUCAGCAGUGGGAUUUGCAUAUGCUCCAAAUGAGUGAAGCUGAUGAAAAUCUAAUUAAAGACAUCCAAAAAGACAAAAUAAUUUUGAAAGAACUUAAGACAUUACAGAAGAAGAGACUGAUGAAAAUGAAACAGAUGUUUUCACAGCACAAGAAGUGUUUGGAAGAUGUGGAGAAGAAGGAAGAAAAUGCAGUCCGUGCCCUACUCCAUGAAUUUAUGAAAGAAGCUUCUCUGAUGGCACAAAGAAGGAUUAUAGGAGAUGAUGCUGACAAUGUCAGGUGGCUGUCAGAGAGGUUGGUCUCGUUUGCAGGGAUUGAACAUCAGAAGAAUGAUGCCUCUGCUACUGAUGAUGUGGAUUCAACUCCCGAUGAUCCACAGUGA